AUGUUUACUUCAUCAAAUGAUCAAUUAAUUGUCGUUCCAGACUCAUCGAGUGGCAUCAAUGAAAAAGCAGUAUUAGUUCAUAUGAAUGAAAAUCUCUCCACUUCAAUUCAACUAACCAGUGCGCAAAGUGGACGUGUCAGACGACAACAUUUUGCGAUAUUAGUACUUAUAUUUCUUCUUUCAAUAUUGAGUUUAUGUACCAUAUAUAUCCUAUUCCCCAAAAUUGAUCCUGAUGAAAAAGAUGCAUUUAAGAUUCCGAAAACCAUUGACGAUGCAAAAAUUCUCGGCAAUCUUCUUUACAAAUACAGUAAACACCAUCGUUACAUAAUUAUGAUCGCAUUUUUUCUUACAUAUAUUUUUUUACAAACUUUCGCCAUUCCAGGUUCGAUAUUUCUCAGUAUCUUGGCUGGCUUUCUUUACCCGUUUCCAUUAGCCUUAUUUCUCGUCUGUCUCUGCUCAUCGUUAGGUGCAAGUUUUUGCUAUUUACUUUCGCGAUUAUUCGGUCGAAAUCUCGUUUUGAAAUAUUUUCACACUCAAAUUACAAUUUGGCAAAGAAAAGUUCAAGCGCAUGCGGAUAGUCUAUUCUGGUUUAUGAUUUUCUUACGUCUGACACCAAUUCUACCGAAUUGGUUUAUCAAUAUUUGUGCACCAAUUCUGGAUGUGCCACUAGCGCCAUUCUUUGCGGGAACGUUUGUUGGUGUUGCUUUGCCCUCAGUUUUGUUCAUUCAAGCUGGUAAAACUUUGCACCAGUUAACUUCACCGUCGGACGUGUUCUCAUGGCGGACUAUGGGAGUGAAACAUCUCUGGUCGAUCUUAGAACCUGCUUGUCAACAAGUUUCCUAUGAAGAUCUAGCAGGAAAAACAGUAGCUGUUGAUUUAAGCAUUUGGAUCAUUGAAUGUCGGUCUGUCUCGAACAAUAAUCACAAAUCGCUUUACUUAGAGACAUUACUUUCCCGUAUAUUGAAAAUGAUUCACUUCAAUAUCAAACCGAUUUUUGUUCUUGAUUCGAUUAGUAUAAUUGAAUUGAAGUUGGAAACUGUUUCGAAACGAUUAGCUUCGGAAAAUCAAUCAACUACUGCUGAACGUUCACAUUUUAAUGUAUUAAUCGAUGAAUGUUCACAAUUACUCACUUAUCUGGGUUUGCCCAUCAUUCGUGCCGAUGGCGAAGCGGAAAAACUGUGCGCACAAUUGAAUCAGAUGAAUAUCGUCGAUGUUGUUAUUACAAGUGAUAGUGAUUGUUUUGUGUAUGGUGCUAAGACGAUUAUUCGAAAGUUCAGUGCGCAGACCAGACCGGUGUUCUUUGAUAUUUAUGAUCGACGGGAGAUUGAAUCCACAUGUCAUCUUAAUCAACGUUCACUCUUAACUCUUGCCUUGCUUCUCGGUUCAGAUUAUGAUAGUCAAGGUGUUCGAGGUAUUGGCCCAAAAUCUGCACUCAAAUUUCUUAGAUCAAUACCAGAACAGCAUGACCCGGUUGAAUAUCUACGUACAGUUCUAUUACGAAACAACCCACAAAACAAAUACGAACGAAAAGUUUUGAAUUUUUUAAAAGAGAACAAAAAUAGUAUCAAACAUUUCGAUAAAAUUAUUAAAGAAUAUACGUCAUUGCAGUUGGAUAAUGUGCAAUUGAUUGCCUCGAUAGCAUCGAUUAAGUGGCUGAAACCCGUACGAGUCAAAGAAUUACAAAAAUAUAUGGAAGAAAAACUUCAAUGGAUGGAAUCUCUUACAUUUAGUAAAAUUUUACCGCUAUUAACUCGUUUUCAAAUACUCUAUCGAUUGAAUAUGCUCGAAUUGGAUGUAAAUGAUGUUCUUUCUCUCUCGGAUUCUGCGAUUUUUCAACCGGUUUGUAUUAAAAAAGUUCGUCUUCGGAGGAAUAAACAAUACUACGAAAUCGAAUGGAAACAGCAGAAGAUUCCAUCAACUCAAACCCUCGAAGAUCAACUAGACAACUUAAGUCUCAUUAUAAUUGACGAUGAGGACGACGACGAUGAUGAAGAAAAAUUAAUCACCAUUGAACCAGCUGAUCUCUUUCGCCAUGCAUAUCCCGAAGUGGUCAAUGCAUUUGAAACUCCGCUGUUAAAACCUAAAAAGCCGAAACCAGUAACUACAGAGAAGAAAGUAGUUGUCAGAAAGAAGCCGAAAACAAAACAGCCAACACCGGCCGCUGUGGCUAUGUCAACAUCAAUGUCGUUGGAUUUGUUGAGUAUGGUUCAGGAUGAAACGUGUGAAAUUUUUGUUCCAAAACCUCAAAAGUUCCACCAUCGACCAACAAUGGCAGCAUUAUCAACGUCGAUUAAUAUUGAUGUUUUAGACGUUUUACAAAAAACGAAUAUCAAUAUAAAUGCAUUGAAAAAGUCUACAUCACGUCCGAUCAAACAUAAAACUCAAUCUGAUAUGGUUCUUCAUUCUCGAAAACCGGCGACUUUACUGAAUACAUCAUUGUCACUCGAUGUAUUGAAUAUAGUUUUACGUGAAAAUCAGAUGGAUGAUGACGAUUGUCAAAUCACAGACGUCAUCGUCAAUGAAUGCAAGGAGUCUUCGGAUGAAGACGUUUUACCUUUACCAUUAUGGGAUCGUAUUCGACAGCAUGCAGCUGUUUAA